AACAAAAAAUGAAAGCUUCAGUCAAAUUCCGGGAGGACCAGAAGCCACUGCUCCGGGCCAAAGUCCCCCUCAGCAUCUUGGGCCUCCCCUUCCAAUCCGGAAUCGUCGCCGGCGAGUCCAAGGAGCUCACUCUCAACCUCGCCACCUUCUUCGAAUCCGGGCCGUCCAUUCGCGUCGCCUAUCGCCCCAACGACACGUGGAACCCCUUCUCCCUCGUCGUCAAGACCGGCACCGGCUCCCUCGGCUCUCCGAUCAACUCCUCCAUGCUCAUGAGCGCCGAGUUCAAUCUCCUCAACCACAACCCUAGCUUCAUGCUCCACUUCAAGCCUCAGUUUGGGGACUUCUCCGUCAAGAAGUCGUCGCAGUCGUCUGUCUUGGAUAAGAUGCUCGGGUCGCAAGACGGCGUCGUUUCGCCGGAGCCUCCGACGAUUAAGGCCGUGGAGGCGCCGGCCGGGGAGGGAUUGUUUUCCGGGAAGAAAAUUACGGUUCUGCCCUCCCAGAGCGCUGCCUCCGGGGCUGUGGCCGGUCUGCUCUCCGGGAUGGAGGUGUCGGCGAGGACGUCGGUGCCGGUGAGGAAUCGUGCCGUGGUGAGCUUGCGGUGGGGGGUGAGGGUUCCGGCGGAGCUGAAGAGCGGAGAUUAUGGGACGGCGGGGAUUGCGUUUCAGAAGAUCCCGUUCCUGGUGAUGAACAAGAUCGGGAUCGAGCACGUGGACGGUGGGGAUUUGAAGGGAGGCAACACGAAAGCUGCGGCGGCUGGUGGGGCGGUGACGUUUCCGGGGAAUGUGGAGGUUGCGGAGGCUUGUUUCACUGUGAAGCGUCAGUUGGAGGUUUUACAGAGUGAGAAUGGGUUGCUGAGGAAAGCUGUGGAGGAUCUUCGGCAGGAGAUUGCCGGAGGGAGUUUCAAUUCGGGGAAGUACCGUGGGAUGGAGAGGAGUAGUGGGAAUUGGGGAUCUAGCAACAAUGAGAAGAAAUCGCAGGAGGGAGAUGUGAGUGAGGAGUUGAAGAAGGCACUGAUGGGUGCUUGAAUUAGCCGAAAUUUCAAUUCUAAGUUCUUUAUCAAUUCGGUAAUGCUUAUAAGAUAUUUGUUGUUGCUUGAAAUUGUUAUGGGGGUGUACAUUGCUGCUUAAUAAGGGUAGGGUGGUGAUAGCAAUGAAUUUUGGAUCGAAAUCGUGCUAUUUAUAUUUUUUUGGUUAGUUAUGCAAUAUCUUCUGCUUGUAG